UAAGCGUUGAUGACUAAGGAAAAAUGUUGCUAACUUGUCAUUUUUACAGUCACUGGUUCAAUCCCAAAUUCCAGCAUUUAUUGGUCUGUUAGGCUACGAGUUUCAGGAACUCUAAAAUUAAAUAAAUUUUCUCGGGAAAACUAGUUCGUUAAACUUUCCCGCGUAUUAUCCGGGAAUUUCUCGAAGUGAAAAGGGUAACUGGAAACUCUGUUCCUUACCUAGGCCUAGGGCAGAGAAGUCAGAAGAGAGGGAAGGAAAGAAGAUGGAGUCAUGGGUCCCACUCUUGGACAUUUUCUUGAACUCCCCAUGUCCUGAAACAGAGGCCUCUCGAUGGUUUCAUCACUCUUUCGACGCCUCAUCCACCCCCACCAUUACCACAAACUCUUUCCUUUCGUUGCUCUCAAAACCCUCCGACGCCAUUGUCAUCGAUUCUUCUUCUCCUUCACACCCCUCAACUCCUCAUUCCAAGAGGGUUAUGUGGAUUCAGACGCUUCCCAACGCAGUGCAGUUUCGAAUUCUAUCGUUUCUUGCUUUGGAGCAUAGUCGAUUUUGCGCUCGAGACUUGACUAAACUUGCCCGAAACAUGUUGAGUGGGGCUGAUGAGCUUGAUUUUUGGGUCAAGAAAGCUGCACAUCAGGUGCUCGACACAAUGUCUGAAUCAAAUUAUGAAUGGGUUUCUUGUUUGAAUUUGGAUUCUGACGAAGAAAGAGUGGAAAACGAGUUUGAAUCGUUACCAAAUUGGCUUAAGGAUGAGGCAAUAAACGCCAAUGAUUUGCUUCUUCCUUGGCUUCCCAUUUCGCGAGAUGAAUUGAAUUCAAAAAUGGCCCUUGAUACAUAUGUAGAUGACGAGGAUUCAUUGAUUGAAGUCGAAGAGGAUGAAAAGGAAAAUCUGAAUGAAGCUACGAGGGAAGUGAACAUUGUUAAUGGUCCUAUAGAUCCUGAAAUCGAAGCAAUGGCCAUUUCUUUGAAAGCACAGGUACUGACUUUUGAGUCUACUUCUAGAAGCGUGAGCUUGGCGAAUGAAAUUCGCCAACUUUGCUUGGAAAGAGGGGGAGAUUCUUUGACGGUAUUGGGUUUAAUCGAACCUUGGAAAUCGGAUGAUGAGACUGCUUCAAUUCUGGUUUCUAAUCUUUCCAAUGGAAGUGAAGAAGAACUUGGUUGGCCGAGUCAUGUUCUCUGCUCUAUUGUUCUUCCCAAGUUGUUACUACUAGAAGAGCCAGCUUCUCGUGUUCUAGUGACUGCAACGAUAGAGUACUGCAAGGUUCAUCAGAGGGCUGCUGUGUAUGCAUUGUUGUUUCCACUUAUCCUCAGAACAGAGGGUAUUAACAAAGCUAGUUGUGAUUUGAUUACAAAGAUCGUUAAAGAAUGCUUGCACCGAGCUCAUGUUUCAUCAUUCUGCCACAAGCUGCUUUGUGGAGAAGUUGAUGUGAGAAAGUUUGUGUGCCUACCAUGCCACCAAUAUAUGAUAUCACAUGAGUUGGUAUGGACAGAAUCGUUGUUUAACUUGUUCCAAAAUAUGUUGAAUCAUAAUAUUCAUUUGACUCAAGAUUCGGCAGACCAACUUGUUAAUCGGCUUCUGGAUUCAGCUGAGAGGUUUUCCAAAUCUCUGAAGUUUGGAAAUUUUUUGUUAUGUUUAGUGAACAAGUGUGCUCCAUUACUAAAGUCUCACAAGCUUUCAUUGACUGAAGCAGUUGAACAUACUGAUUCUCUUGUGACCAAAUCUGUAUUAUCAAAAUUGGCUACAUUGUGAUAUUCUAGAAAUGUAUUUUUGGAAGACUUCUUUU